GGAGAGCUGUCCCGCGCCAGUCUGCGUCGCGCGCUCGAGUCGAAUCACCGAGCCCGUGCGCUCGGAUAUCCCGCGAUAAAAUGCCGCUCUUUUCGGAGCACAUCACAAACAUGUAUUACAGUGGUACUCCGUCAUAUAGUUCUCCCUACAGUUAUAGCGGAUCGCCGUAUGGAUCUUCGUACAGUGCAUCAUACUUGAACUCCGGUGGGAAUUAUUCAAACCAUUCUUCACUUAGUCCUUAUACGAGAACCUUGUCAUCGCGUUAUUUAUUAGGAAGUGGCAGGACAUAUUCGCCUAUAUUAAGUACAAUCUCAGAAAAAGGGACAUCGAGUCCUGUUAGAAUAAACAGUCCUAGAAGGACUCCCUUAACAAGUAGGACUUAUAUACCUAGUUAUACUUCUAGGCCUGUCAAUAUAAACACUGCGGAUAUUGAUGUGUCACGUGAAAAAUAUCGCAAUAAAGCUAGGAGUGCAAAUAUAACGACAGAAUCACAACGGCUAAGCUCUCCAAUAAAUACUGCAAAAGAAUCGUCGUCUAACGUUGCUGAUAAGCCUGAUACAGGCGUUGAUUCUUCUCCAGGUACUCCUCCACAAAGAUCAACAAUAAAACGUGACCGCCCUGUCAUAAGAUUACAUACAGUAAAGAGAAAAGAUAGAGAUUCGCCUCGAAAACCUAUUGAUACUUCAACCGUUGUAAAUUCUUCAGACGAAACAACAGAUAAAGACAAACUUGAGCCGUUGAAAUGGCGAGAAAGGUUAGCUGACGAUUUAGCUUUUAAAAAUAAAAAAGAAAAGAAAACUAUCGGAGAGAAGUUAGUUGAAAAAUUUACUCUCAAAGAUAAAGAUGAUAAUGAUGUGGAAAAUAAUGCAAUGGAUAUCUCAAAAGACAAUAUUACUGAUAUUGAUCUUAAACCAGCUUCAGUACAAAUAAGUGCAAACGACACACCAAGUGAUAAUAUGAAAUUGGGUAGACGUUGUUCUAUGGAAUUAUUAGCGGAGCAAGCUACACUAUUGGAUUCUUUAAUAAGGAGAGAGAAUUUAAGUACUGCUACUUUAGAUUUAAGUAAAAUUGGCACCGAAAAUAUUGAAGAAAAAGUAAACAAGGCAAUAGAUAACAAAAAGAGAAAAUUUAUCCAUCAACCAAACCCACUUACAACCACCAAGUCAGACCAUUCUUUACUAUCUCAACGUAGUUCAAAAAGAAAGAGUUUAAGAAAGUCGACAUCUGGUGAAAAUAUUCGCAAACUGGACUGUAUUUCGGAAACUCUCCCAUUACCUAUCACUGAAAACGUUAUAAAGAGCGACGAAAGCAAGACUUUAACUGAAAACAAAAUUAAAAAAACAAAAUUGAAACAGAAAAUUACAACCAGUGUGGAAAUUUCGCCACCAGCUAGUCCUUUAAAGUUUGUUGUUGAAAAUGUUACUGUAGAAGAAAAACCUGUUCCAAAAAAGAAAGAUAUUAUAUUCAGUGCUGUGAUAGAAGAUGUUAAUGUAAAUAUCAAACCCAAAAAAGCUACUUCAAAUGCAGUUGAUACAGGGCAUCGAAAAAGUGUAAAAAUAAAACUGAAAUCUGAUCAGAAUAAUGAAACUUCAGACAUUAUCGCUUCACCUGAGCCAGACGAUGGUAAUUUUUGGGGUAAAAUAGGAAAACGAGAAACGGUCUAUUUAACGAAUAGAAAAAAGGAUCUGGAUAAAGCAAAAGAAGAAAAAAAGCGAUCAUUUUGUUGGUUCCCUGAAGACAAUGAAAGUGAAUUAAAGGAUAGGAGUGAUAAUAUCAUUUCCAGUCAGAGCGAUAGUCAACUAAAUAUUAAAACUAAAAAUGAAAAUCACGAUGUUUUAAACAAAGCAGAUGGUAAAAAACCUAAUGAGUGCAAAAUUCAGGAAGAUCAGCAAUCAGUGAAAGAGAUCCCUAUCGUAGAAAACAUUGAUGCAAAGAUUAGUGAAACUAAGAAUAUGCCAAAUCCUGAAGAACAACAAAUAAUAAUGAAUCAAACAAAUGCAAAUGAGUUUGAAAUAAAGGAUCGAGAAAUGAAGAAUAAUUGUGAUUCAAUUAUUGAUUCAGUAUUAAAUAUUAAUGAACCUUCAGAUCUACCGCAAACCAAAGGCGAAAUACCAGAAAAUGACACUAAAAAAAUAAAAAUUGUUAAGAAAUUUCCGGGUACUAAAGAAAAUGUAGAUAAAGAAAGUCCUGAAAAAAGUAUUUCAAGUUUACCUAAUAAAGGGGGGAAUGAUAAAAAUGAUAUCAAAAAGAAAAAUAUUAAAAACAAAUCUUUACCUAAAAGUGACAAAUUUUUACCAAAAUCGACAUCGACACCAACAAUACCCAGUAGUAGUAUAAAUAAAAACGAUAUCUCGACCCUUAAGGUUGAAAAAACUGAUUCUGCUACGGAAAAUGGAAAAAAAGGAAAAGAUCUAACAAUUAAUCAUGAUUUAAUCCAAUCUACCCCGGAACGAAAAGUAGAUACAAGUAUCAAAAAAGAAGAGUCCCCAAAAGAAGAUAUUAAGAAUGAUCAAAACAUACAAAAUAGUUCCAAUACAACACAGGAAAUUAUUGAAGUUCCUAAGAUUGAAUCUAAAACUAUAUCAGAAGAAGUUAAAAAUAUAAAGGACAAUUCGGCCUUAAAAGUUGAAACGUCUGUUCCUGUAUUACAAAAUGAGUUACUCUCUACGGGAUCUGAUAAUAUCACAUGUGAAAAAGAUAGUGAAAUACCCCCAAACAUUACACAUAAUACAAGCAAUAAAGAGGUAAUAACAACACUUCCUGAAAACAAUUCAACAAACGAAUAUAAAACAAAUGAGGUAGAUUUACUUCCUUUAAAUGAUAAUACACUUGAAGAAACAAAAGAAUUGCGAACAGAGGAGAAUGAAAGUAUUAUAACUAAAAAUAAAGAUAAUGAUUUAUCAAAUAACAGUAUAAAACAAAAAGACAUUCCGCAUAUUAACCCUGAGUUAAGAUUAUCACAAAAAGAGAAAACUGAUAAUAUUAAGACUGACAUAGAAAAAGAGAAAGAAAAUAAACGUGAAAGUGUUAAAAGACCUAUUCCAAAUGCCGGUAUUAACUUAUUCCUUCCUAAAAAGCCCGUAAAAGAUGUUCCUGCUCUAAAACCGCUUAUAGCGACACCGCGACCGCUUCAAAAGAAACCUCCUCAAGUAAUUCGUUCAAGUAGUUCCUCAGAAACAUCAUCUACUGAAGAUUCUUCUGAUGAAGAUGAAGACGAUUCUAGCGAAAGUUCAAAUGACUUUUAUGAGUGUGAAAAUAACGCUGACGGUAGAACUUCGACUGGUUCAAACGACUCAGGAUUCGAUUCAUCGGCGCCUACGUCUCCAUCCGGAUUCAGUUAUGCUAGAAAAGACUGCGAUGUAAAUUGUCAUCGAAAAUGUGAAAAAUUGACGGCGAAUUUGUGUGGAGUCAAUCAGCGCCUAUUAGUAGAGGCUUUGGCGUCGCGAACGGCAUCAAAACGAGGUGCGGACCACCCCAGCACGUCCACAAAUGCAGUACAAAAUAAUAACUCGGACAUCGUCCAACAAGAGCUCGAACAAUCGACAGCAUACGGCAUUUUCAGGAAGACGGGAAGAUUCACCCCUCCCGCUCGCAGCAUUCCUCGUUUUAGGAAGUACACCAUAGAUGACUUCCAAUUUAUAAAGGUGCUGGGAAAAGGCAGCUUUGGAAAGGUAAUGUUAGCUGAACUACGGGAAACGGAGUACUACUACGCAGUGAAGUGUCUGAAAAAGGACGUGGUGUUAGAAGACGAUGAUGUCGAGUGCACCCUGAUAGAGAGAAAGGUUCUGGCGCUCGGCACCAACCAUCCGUACCUGUGCCAUUUAUUCGCUACGUUUCAGACUGAUUCCCAUUUAUUCUUUGUAAUGGAAUACUUGAACGGCGGUGAUCUCAUGUUCCACAUUCAACAAAGCGGCCGCUUCGCGGAGCCCCGGGCGAGGUUCUACGCGGCUGAAAUAGUUUCCGGGCUUAAGUUCUUACACAAAAGAGGAAUAGUUUAUAGGGAUUUGAAAUUAGAUAACAUUUUGUUAGACUUCGACGGCCAUGUUCGGAUAGCAGACUUCGGAAUGUGCAAGCUUCAGAUAUAUUUGGACAAAACUGCCGAUACCUUCUGCGGGACACCUGAUUACAUGGCUCCUGAGAUAAUAAAAGGCUUAAAAUACAACCAGACGGUAGACUGGUGGUCUUUUGGCGUUCUGUUAUACGAAAUGCUGAUCGGUCAGAGUCCGUUCAGCGGCUGCGACGAGGACGAGUUGUUUUGGUCCAUUUGCAACGAAAUGCCUUCAUACCCUCGCUUCUUAUCUACGGAGAGUCUUAGCAUACUGACACGGCUAUUAGACAAAGACGCGCGAACGCGGCUGGGCGGUGUGGAGUGCAUGCACGGUGACAUUCGGGACCAGGACUUCUUCAAGCCCAUCCAGUGGGACAAACUUGAGAGACGGGAACUCGAGGCGCCGUUUAAACCUAAAGUGAGACAUCCAUUGGACACACAAUACUUCGACCGCGCGUUCACGGGCGAACGUCCGCGCCUCACGGCGGUCGAGCCGCAAGUUCUGCGCUCUAUGGACCAAGAGCCCUUCCGAGGGUUCUCCUACACUAAUCCUAAUGCUACAGAUCGUUGAAAAUUUUGAUAAAAUGAUCAUUUUCACGGCUUUAUUUAUCCCUUUUCAGGUUUUCCCUACAGGUUUUGAAAUACCUUAGGUGUACCCUGUAGUCUAUGUUGUCUAUGGUGUAAAAACAACGCACGUUGAAGUUCAAAUACUUUAUCUAGUCAUUUUCUUGUUACCAAUGAUGAAGUUACAAUUUAAACUUUCUAUGUUAAAUAUUUUCUAGAAUGGAUUUAUGUUUUAUCUAAUAAUUAUAUGUAUCAUAUUAUGACGAGAAAAUAUUGAUGUUAACCACCUCGUAUGGUUUAUAAACGGUUUAUAUUAUUUUUUGGUUGAAGACUUAGUUCUUACAAUAUCUCAACUGUUCAACUUUAUGUAAUAACCAUGCCAUUUCCAGGAUGGAUGGUGGGUGUCAUGUUACAUUUUUAAAGAUGUUCAAGUAGUUAGAUAAUUAUUAUUCAGAUUUCAGAUGAAUUGUUGAAUCAAUCACUUUUGGCCUGUCGCACUCGAAAUUUAAUGAUUUGUGCUUAAUUAUAUCAAAUUUAAAUAUCUCUAAAUAUGUUAUACUUACCUAUUACAUGUGUUAUGAUAUUCAUAAAAAAUGUACCCUUAAACUAGUCCAUACCAUAUUAUAUCUCAUUAAGGACCGACUUUGAGAAGCUUAUGGCCUUAAUUAAAUAAGAAACAAAAAAAAAAAGGAAAAAUAUAAUAAAAUUGUACAUAUCAUUUUAUUCACGUGUUAUAAUAUAAUUCAAUGUGUCUGGAACACAGUGUUAUGUUAUUUUAUAUUUUAAGUAGGUUGUAAAGUAUUUUUUAAAUGUAAUUAGGUUAUUAACCAGCUCAGCUAUAAUUCUUUUAUAAGAAAUAAAAAAAUACCGAAACGAUUUGUAAUCGAUAUUUUUUAUGUUAUUGUACUUUGUAAUUAUUUAACGUUA